GCUCCCGCCCCCCCACUAGUAUUAUUACAGUAUUAUUCAAAAACCAGCAAAAAAAAGUACAUUAUUCCCCGCCCACUCUGGCCAUACUGUGAGUGGCAAGAAGAAGAUCGGGGGAUUGGAAAACAACGAAUCGAAAACGCCCCAAGCCAUGAUUGUAGAAGCAAUUAAGGCAAUUAGCUAGCCGGAAAUGAACAAGCACAUCUGCACCCGCUGGGCCUUCGACCUGGCCAGCUGGUCGCCCACUCUUCCCCAGCUGGCCCAGGCGGUGGCCUCGAUUCAGGCGGAGGAGCGCACUCGCCUCAUGAAGUUCCACUUCAUUGAUGACUUUCUGUCCUCGCUAAUUGGCCGCCUUUUGAUGCGAAAAUACGUGAGCACGUGCAGCGGUCUGCCACCCCACCAGGUCCGGUUCGCCAGGGACGUGAGGGGCAAGCCCUACUGGGUGAGCGGGGAAGGGGACCGGCAGCGGCCACCCCUCAGUUUCAAUGUGUCGCACCAAGGUGAUCUGGUGCUUCUGGCAGGCGUCUGCGGGGACUCUUCUGAAGGGGACUUUGGUGUCGGGGCGGAUGUGAUGAAGAUCGAGUACAGUGGCGGCAAGGCCCUGUCCGAGUUCUUCCGCCUGAUGAGGAACAAGUUCUCCCCCCACGAAUGGAGCUACAUAGGCAGACCACAGCACAAUGAGCGGGCCCAGAUCAAAGCCUUCAUGCGGCAUUGGUGCCUGAAGGAGGCGUACGUCAAGGAGCUGGGAGUGGGCAUCACGGUGGACCUGCAGAAGAUCAGUUUCUCCGUCGACACCACCCACAGUCUGGCGGAAGAGGUGUCGCCCCUCACCGGCACUACUCUGCGGUGUCAGGACCAGCCCAUGGACAACUGGCACUUUGAGGAGCAUUUGCUGAAAGAGGACUACUGUGCCGCCAUAGCAUUCCGCAACUGCCUGCCCCAGGAGCAGGCCAGGUUCCAACUGCUGCCCAUAGAACAGUUGCUGGUGGAGAGCGAUCAGUCGGGAUCGGAGGACGUCGUCGCCUACUGCCAAAAGGCCUUGCUCAAACCCCACAAAAAAGAGUCCUGAAACUGAGUUGUUAUCCCUAGAAUAAACAUGCAUUUGUAUUUUUUGUAAAAAUCGAA